CUCAGGUCCGGUCUAGGGGUGUCCGAGCAGCUGCGGCGCGAGAGGAGUGGCCGGAACUGCUUGAAUAUCCACGUUUCACUUUCGGUGCUUAUCAAAAGUUUUCAUUCAUCAUGGAUAAUCUAUCAUCAGAAGAAAUUCAGCUGAGAGCCCAGCAGGUUACUGAUGAGUCUCUGGAAAGUACAAGGAGAAUCCUGGGUUUAGCCCUUGAGUCUCAGGAUGCAGGAAUCAAGACUAUCACUAUGCUGGAUGAACAAGGGGAACAACUAGACCGCAUAGAAGAAGGCAUGGACCAGAUAAAUAAAGACAUGAGAGAGGCAGAGAAGACUUUAACGGAACUCAACAAGUGCUGUGGCCUCUGCGUCUGCCCAUGUAAUAGGACAAAGAACUUUGAGUCUGGUAAGGCCUACAAGGCAACAUGGGGAGAUGGUGGAGACAACUGUCCUAGCAAUGUCGUAUCUAAGCAGCCAGGCCGAGUGACCAACGGUCAGCCUCAACCACCAGCCACUGGAGCAGCUAGCGGUGGCUACAUUAAACGUAUAACUAACGAUGCCAGAGAGGAUGAGAUGGAAGAGAACCUGACUCAAGUGGGCAGUAUCCUAGGAAACCUAAAGAACAUGGCCCUAGACAUGGGCAAUGAGAUCGAGGCUCAAAAUCGACAAAUACACCGGAUCACAGAAAAGGCUGACACCAACAAAGAUCGUAUUGAUGUUGCCAAUGCCAGAGCAAAGAAACUCAUUGACAGCUAAAGCUGCUGCUGUACUUCUUUAUCGUGUAUUCACUUCUCUAGCUCCUCCUUCAAAGUCAUUAUCUUUUCAGAGUUUGACGUUUUGGUUCCACGCUCUUCUCAAUCAGGAGAUAAUGUGCAAGAAGGCCCCGAGUACGGACCCCUUAUUCUUUUACGUUCUCUUUCCCUUGAGGGUAUACUACUGCUCAGCCUUCCUUCUAGUGCCUUUUUUUUUUCUCAGUCCAUAGUCUUAGAUUGGUUUUUGUACAUCAUAUAUAGUGUUAUUUUUCAUCCUCCUCAUUUACUUUAGCAGGUUCUUUUGCUUUCAAGAUUUGGAAGCAUUGCCAAAGACAACCAUGAAGAAGGAAGCUGGAGGCAGGGGGAGCACAAGGAGCAGAGGCAAGAGAGAGGAGGUUGUUAGGUCAGUAAAACCGGCAGGCCACAAAGCAAUAGUUGCAUAGCCACAGUAAAGAUCUAGCUGGAUUUAAUUUUUCAUUUAAGUUGCAGUUAUUGCCAAUUUAGGCUAAUACUUGGUUUAUACACAAUAUUUUUGUUAAACGUCACAACUUGCCAACCUCAGCUCCAAAAAAAUAGAAUGACUUUUCUCAGAAUGGGCUUAGUUUCUGAACAUUUGGUGAUUUGUGUAUGUACAUAGACAGUGAUCCCAUUUCAUACUGCACCAUACAGGAACACUUUGUAUAAAUGAAUGACUUUU